GAGAGUAGCCUUGUUCCAGCGUUUGCGGGGCUGUGGGCUUAAGCGGGAGCACGGGAUUGAUCCUUGCGGCCGAUCCGCCGCGGGCAGACUCCAUUCCGAGGUCCUCUCCAGAAGCAGAUGCCGGUGCCCGUGUUCUCCGCUGAAGCGGCGAGGGCCUUUAUCCAUGCCACGCCGCAGGAGGUGAAGUCGGAGCACUCCCGCUUCGCCUCCUCCAAGAAGGACACGGAGUCCGCGUCGGAGGGGCCGCUGGAGGGCAAGGUGAAGGGCAUCGGCGGCGUCAUCGAGAUGCUUCGUGCCAAGUACGGCUGCUCCAAGGGCCAGCGCUUGCAGGUCAUAGGCGAGACCAACGCGCUGCUGCAGUUCGAGGGGGGCCGGACCGCCCCCAAGAACCACGAAGGCACUGGCUGGAAAUGGGUCAUCAGCUCCGGCGAUGCCAACGCGGGGCAAAAGGACGAGGCCACGCGGCAGGCGGAGAUGGCGGCGGCGCUGAAGGCCCGGGAGGAGCGCCUGGCCCAAGAGGCGAACCAAAAGCCCAAGGGCAAGAGCCGCAAAGCCGAGAAGGAGGCCAGCGGUACGGAGAAGGACAGCAGCCGGGAGGCCAAUGAAGCCUCCGAGGACAAGGCUCAGCCAGAUGCGGCGCCCGCGGAGCCUACGCCGCCCGCGCCGGAGCCCGCGCCGCCUGCGCCGGAGCCGGCGCCCCCAGCGCCGGAGCCACCCGCGGAGCCGGCGCCGCCUGCAGAAGCUGUGCCCGACGUGGAAAUGGGGCAGCCAGAGGCUCAGGUCGAGAAGAGCCAAGAGAAGGAGGAGGAGAAGGAAAAGAAGGAGAAGAAGGAGAAGAAGGAGAAAAAGGAGAAGAAGGAGAAGGAAGCCAAGGCUGAAAAAGAGAAAGAGAGCGAGAAGAAGAAGGAGAAGGCGAAGGAAAAGGAGAAGGAAAAGGAGAAGGAGAAGCAGAAGGAGAAGGACAAGAAGAAGGAUAAGGAGAAACAGAAGGACAAAGACAAGGGAAAGGACAAAGAUAAGGAUUCGGACAGCUCAAAGGAAGAAGAACAGGACCGCAAAACAGAUAAAGAAAAGAAGAAAAAGGAGAAGGAGAAGGAGAAAGAGAAGGAAAAGGAAAAGGAUAAGCAUAAGGACAAGGACAAGGAGAAGCAGAAGGAGAAAGAGAAGGAGAAAGAGAAGGAGAAAGAGAAGGAGAAAGAGAAGGACAAGGGCAAAGAGAAGAAGGAGAAGGACAAGACUAAGGAUAGGGAGAGAUCACGCUCCAGAGACAAGGACAAGUCCAAAGAGAAGAAAAAGGACAAGUCAAGGUCAAGAUCCAGGUCUAAGGACAAGCGCAAGGAGAAGUCCAGAUCCAAGGAGAAGGACAAGAAGAGCCCGCUCAUGAGCGCGCCGUCCCCCAGCCAGGCUCUGAGCCCUACGACGAUUUACACGACGCCUGAGCGACGCGAAGAGGACAAGGUGGAGAAGGUGAGGUCUGAUCGGCUCAAGAAGCCCACGCGGCCCGAGAGGUCGCAGGAGCAGAGCUCCCGUCGCUCGGUGCCUUUGGAAACUCAGGACAGAAAGGAAACCAUGGCGCCAUCGACGCCUCAUUGUCCUCCCUCACGGGGCGUCAAGUCCCCCGUGCAGGUGCGUGUAACGACGCCGAGCACAAUCGGGUCCUCGCCGCAGCCGGAGGCUCAUAGCCCAACUCCGGUGUAUACUUCGCCGGAUGACGAAGAGGACGAGAUACCGCCGGGGCAGCCUUCGCAAGACAGCCUCCUGCUCGAUUUGGAUUCGAUGUUGCCCGCGCCAAAGGAGAAUGCGCUGCCAGAACAGGGGCCGAAAAGCAAAGCCAGAAAGCUGAAAGCGACCGGGAAGCCAAAGGAGAAUGCGCUGCCAGAACAGGGGCCGAAAAGCAAAGCCAGAAAGCCGAAAGCGACAGAGAAGCCAAAGGAGGAUGCGCUCCCAGAACAGGGGCCGAAAAGCAAAGCUAGAAAGCUGAAAGCGACAAGGAAGCGAAAGGAGGAUGCGCUCCCAGAACAGGGGCCGAAAAGCAAAGCUAGAAAGCUGAAAGCGACAAGGAAGCGAAAGGCCAGAGCAAAGCCGCGGGGACAAGAAGAGGAGGCCCAGGCUGUCGAGGUUGCCGAUGGAGAGGAAACGCCUCCAGAUCCCGCGGGCCUCAAGGCUUGUGCUGAGGCUGCUGCCAUGGGCUUCCGCACCUUGGAGCGGGGUCUGAAGCGCCCUCCGCCGAAAUGGAUGCAAAUGAGCCACAAGGCCGCGUCUAAGGCUUCCUUUAAGGCGCUGGCCAAGGAUGUGGUGCGGGAUGUGAGCCGUGAGAGGGGCAUGGCGGCCCCGCGGCUGAGUGCUACGGCCCACGAGGUCUUACAAGAAGCAGUGGAGGGGGCUAUGUCGGCUUUUUUCACCAGGACUCUCCUUGUAGCUUCGCAGGACAAGAGAGACACUGUGCAGGUGAAGGAUGUGCGCACGGCCAGAGCUACGCAGACCUAUGCGAUCGGCCUAGACACUUUGCUGUCUCUGAGCAUGGCCAGGUCGCCUGAGGAGCACUACUGCAGCAUGGGUCGGGUAGUGGCCGCAUGCGCCGAUGGCCGCGGCAGCGCAGGUGAGGAGUCACAGGCGCGAAGCUCCCGGGCAGAGCGGCGACUCUCUCGAUGGUCUUGCCCUCGCACAGAGUGCUGCUGCAUGCGUGUGCCAGACGGCAACGUCCAAACCGAAUGCACUGACGCGCAGGACAUGGCCGAAGCUCAAGAGGAGAUCUGUCUGCCUUGACCGUGAGCGAGCUGAAGGCACGGUGCCGAGCUCGAGGCUUGCCAGUGGGCGGCUUGAAGGAGGCGCUGAUGGAGCGCGUGCAGCAGGCAAAGGCGGCGACUGCGAAGACCUAGGGCUCAAAGGCAGAAAAGGUGGAAGCUCAACAAAGCAAAGAGGCGCGCCAGGCGAAGAGGAGAACGUAUUGGAAAACAAGGGCCGAAAAAGAAAAGGUGAGCGCGGUAGCCGAGCCAAUCAUUUUGAUGAAGCCUGCUGGACCAGUCAUUCCAGCUUUUUUGUUGCCGGCUGGCCUAGGCCAAGAGGAAGGGGGCGUAACAAGUAAAUGGCUGUUGUUGUUUGAACCGAG